AUGAAGGUACUUCGAGAGUUGUAUACUAAUUUCAACAGCGGAGUUUUGCCGUUCCACAAGAAUUCCGUCACUGACGUGAAGAGAGAAAUUCGGCAGGGUGACACAAUCUCAUCUAAAAUAUUCAUGGCCGCUCUCGGGAACGCAAUGCGAAAGCUGGAAAGUGACGAUUUGAGAGUAAAGGUUUUCGAUCUGCAACUUCAUCAUCUUCGCUUUGCUGGUGACACCGUUCUGGGACACUGUAGCCUCCAGCCAAGGGGAAGGAACGCUGACCGAAUCUGA